CGCCAUAUCCUUCCUUGCUCUGUUCACAGAGUGGUAAUUUCCUUGUUGAUCAGAAAAGUGGGAUAUUGUACGUGGCUUGUAGCUAUACUUCUACAUAGACGUUGGUGUACUCGUCGACUGUACUAUCCCGGUGUCUUGUUAGCUACAACCACACACACAACUAGUGUGUGCUCCCUGUCCUCACACAUGCCACUUUCCGUUGAUGCAAUAUUGUCUAAGCUCCAGAUCAAAGACUCGGAGACUGUAAGCACCAACAACUGGAGGUCGCCAGAUGUUAUAUGUCUACCACCUUCACGACGGACAUGGGGACAUUGGGACUUCUUAGGGUUCUGGAACGUCAUAGCGCUGUCCAUCUCGACAUGGCAGUCCUGCCUAAAUGUGUGGCAAUCGAUGUGUGUGGUUAUAAUAGGUAAGAUGAUCAUUUUCGCCGUUGCCCUUUCACAUGGUUGGGGUGGUGCUGUUCGCUUCACGUUUGGCAUGUACGGAGCGUUUCUAGCACUUAUACAACGUAUUGUGCUGUGUGUCGUCUGGUAUGGUGUUCAGGCAUUUACUGGUGCUCAACUAAUGUCGAUUAUGCUCAGCUGUAUCUUCCCAAGUUUUAUGAAUCUUCAUAAUACACUCCCAGAGUCUGUGCCUAUGACUCUGAAACAGUUUAUUGGAUUUAUCAUCUACAAUGUUCUCUCGAUUCCAUUCCUAUAUAUCCCUCCAGAGAAACUGCAUCAUCCGUUCAAGGUUGUCACAUGUAUCUCGUUCUUUGCAGUCUUUGGAACUGCCAUAGGGUCUAUGGUUCAUGCUCAUGGAGCAGGUGAGGUGCUUCAUUCGAGUUCUUCAAUACAUGGAAGCGCAGAUAUGGGUAUGACUUGGAUGCACGGCAUAAACAUCGUCAUCAACACGUUUGCUGUUGGUUUAGCAAACCAACCAGAUUUCUCCAGAUUUGCAUCAAAGCCUGGUAAGCAGGUUUGGGGCCAGCUGGUUUCAAUCCUGGGGUUUGGUACCGUUGUUCCUCUAUUUGGUUUAUUGGGUACCUCGGCUGCAUCUCAUUCAUAUGGCGACGUUAACGAGCUGAACCUGUGGAAUCCAACUAGUAUCAUUGAACAGUGGAUUUUAGAGGCAUACACACCAAAAUCACGGUGUGCUGCAUUCUUUGCUUCUUUUGGGUUCUUCGUCUCAACUUUGGGACUAAACACAAUCGAUAACGGUGUAUCUGGAGGCAUCGACCUUGUUGCAAUUGCACCACGAUGGAUUAACAUUAGAAGAGGAGCCUAUAUCAUCAUGAUUGUGUCAAUUUUGAUUCAGCCAUGGCAGAUCCUGGCAAAUGCGAAUGUUUUCCUUGCUGUGCUGGGAUCAUAUGGAUGUUUCCUAGGGCCAAUGAUUGGUACUUUCACUGCAGAUUACUACAUCGUGAGGAAGCAAAAGUUGAAGCUCACCGACUUGUACUCUGCAGAUCCCAAUUCCAUCUACUGGUUCUGGUAUGGAUUCAACUGGAGGGCAUUUGUCUCAUGGAUCUGCGGAUUCGUGCCUGGUAUUAUUGGUUUCCCAAGCGUUAACCCUAACCUCACAAACGUUCCAAAGCCAGCUAUAAAGAUGUUUGAGAUUUCGUUCAUCAUUGGCUAUCCAAUCUCCUUCAUUAUUCACGUUCUCAUAAACAGAGUGUUCCCGCCUGUAGGCCUAGGGGAGAUUGAUGAGUACGACUUCUAUCACACAUUCACCAGAGAAGAGGCUCUGAAGCUCCACGUUGUGCCUCAUGACUCUGACGUUGUGCUGGGUUGCCACACAAGCAAGUGA